AUGUUGACGGCUCGAUUCGAGCUCCGCGCCCUCUGUGGCCACUUGUUCUAUUUAUGCCUCGGGUUGCUUCUGGUUCUACGCACUGGAGAGGCCUACCAGCAUGUCUCAGAUGAGACAUUAAAAACCCUUCCACGACCCGGUGACGAUUUUGAUAUUCACUCCGGCUCGCUUUUGUCACCAAUUCUUCAACCUCGUGUUCCUGGAACCCCCGGCCACGCCGCUGUACUGGAGCACCUGGCCAGCUUCUUUCGAACAUCCUUGCCCAAAUGGGAGAUCGAGUUUCAGAACUCGACAUCCAAGACCCCUAUUUCCCAUGGCAAAGAGGUUCCUUUUGUCAAUCUUAUCGCUUAUCGAGAUCCCCCCGGAGUUUCACGGGGGGAUGUCGGGCGCUUGACCUUGGUGGCCCAUUAUGAUAGCAAAGUAGAGCCCACGGGCUUCAUCGGAGCGAUCGACAGUGCAGCGCCCUGCGCGAUGAUCAUGCACGCGGUGCGUAGCAUUGACUCAGCGCUUGAGAAGAAAUGGGCGGCAAUGGAACAGCACGACGUGGACCUCGUGGAUGAACACCAAGGAAUUCAAGUCCUUUUCCUCGACGGUGAAGAGGCAUUUUUGGAGUGGACCGCCACCGACUCCCUCUACGGAGCUCGUUCGCUCGCAGAGCACUGGGACACUCAGAUCAACCCAGCCAUGUCGACUUUCAAGACGCCCCUGUCGGCCAUAUCCCUUUUUGUUCUCCUCGAUUUGCUGGGCGCAAAAAAGCCCACUAUCCAAUCCUACUAUCCUACCACCCAUUGGGCCUAUCAAAAUUUGGCAUCGCUUGAGAAGCGCCUCCGGGCUCUUGGCCUUAUGAAAUCGUCUGGUUCGCCCUGGUUCGUGGAUGCAUCCAAGAAUGCCCAUCAGGUGAAAGCACUGGGUGGUAUUCAGGAUGAUCAUCUGCCCUUCCUCGCUCGUGGCGUGGAGAUCCUUCACUUGAUUGAUUAUGCGCCUUUUAAAGGCUUCCCAGAAGUGUGGCAUACAGCUCUGGAUGAUGCCGAGCAUCUAGAUAUGGAAACCGUGAAGGACUGGAGCAUGCUCAUGACCGCAUUCGCUGUCGAGUGGAUGGAGUUGGAGGAAUAUCUCCACCACAAAACAUCCACUAGACGGAACGGAAAUGUCGAACAUACCGAGGACACGCAGGGCGUUCACUUUGAACGGAAGACUGAGUUGUAA